AUGCACUCCAAGUAUGAUGUCUUAAUUAAUAAUAACACUUGGACAUUAGUUCCACAACCUCCUAAUACCAAUAUCAUAGGCUGUAAACAAGUGUUCCGGUUAAACUUAAAAUUCAAUGGCUAUAUAGACAGAUAUAACGCCCAAUUAGUAGCCAAAGGCCACUCCCAACAAGAAGGAUUUGAUUAUUUUGAUACCUUCUCUCCUGUUAUCAAAAUUACAAUAGUAAGAAUUCUCUUCUCCAUUGCCAUUAGUCAAAAAUGA